UAAUUGUUAAAUUUUUUUUAAUUUUUCAACAAUAUCAAUAUAAAAAACCCACCAAUUCCAACACCAGACAUUAUAUUAUUAUAUUAUAUAUACAUACUAUAUACUUUAUUUAUUACCAUAUUGCUGUCCAUUUAUAUAUAAACAAAUAUUAUAUUUCUUCUUCCUACUUCCCUCCCACUCCAACUCCCACUUCACUUCCUUCCAUAAAAUGCAGCUUUCUACUUCUUCCUCUAAUUUCUCCAUCUCCAUCUCCACUCUGCAUGUGAGAGCUUGAACAGAGAAACUUAGAAAAAAACAUGGCCACUUUUUGUUUUUGCAGGAUUCUGAUUCUCAUGGCGCUGCUGGUAUCUUCUUCUUUUGUAGUCUCUGCUUGCAACUCUUCAGAUACCCAAUUCGUUUCCAGGGCUUUCCACUCUGUUUCCUCCUUCAAUCUCUCAUGGAUUCUUCAUACCUCUGUUAAUUCCACCAACUGUUCCGUUCAACACAUUAUUCUGCCCUCCAAGAAUCUCACCGGAAUUGUUUCUUGGAGAUUCUUAAGAAAUUUGACUCACUUACGCUCUAUUGAUCUCUCCAGAAACUCACUGGAAGGCUUUGUUCCGAAUUGGUUCUGGGGAAUCCCCACUUUGGUUCAUCUUGAUCUUUCGCAUAAUCGAUUUGGAGGAACUGUUGGGUUUAAGUUAUCUAAUUCUAGUCGCGGAUUUCCUUCUUCUUCGAUUCGGGCUCUUAAUCUUUCCAACAAUAGAUUCUCUAAUACGGUUCGACUCACUGGUUUUUCGCGGUUGGAAAUAUUGGAUCUCUCGAGGAAUAAUCUGCGGAAUCUGCCAUUUGGGUUGGAGAAGCUUUCUAAUUUGACGCACUUGGAUGUUUCGAGGUGUAAUAUUUCUGGGAAUUUGAAGCCUAUCUCUGUUCUUCAUUCGCUUGAGUAUUUAGAUGUGUCGGAUAACUCCAUGACCGGUAAUUUUCCGUCGGAUUUUCCUCUGCUUAAUGGAUUAAAGUUCUUGAAUGUUUCAUUAAACAAGUUUAAGGGAGUGAUUAACUCCGAAAGCUACAAGAAAUUUGGGAAAUCAGCAUUUGUUCAAACUGGGAUUACUCUACUUCAAAUCAAAACAAAUUCCGGAAACAGAGGUAUCCCAAAUCCUCCACAAUCAUCAAAACAUCCUCAUCACAACAAUACCAUUCAAUCUCACAUACCCAAUAAAGAACCAGCCAGAAAAGCUAAACCCAAAUCGAAAACGAAGGCUCUGAUUCUUGCCCUGUCGUUUGGGGCAGCAGGUUUGUUUUUAGUAUCGGUCGUUUUAGCGAUAUGGAGACGAAAAAGAAUGAUGAAGCGAAAAACCAAAUGGGCAAUCUCCACGCCAAUCCAAGUCCAAUUCAAGAUGGAGAAAUCUGGACCGUUCGCCUUCGAGACCGAGUCAGGAUCCUCAUGGAUCGCAGACAUCAGAGAACCAUCUUCAGCUUCAGUGGUGAUGUUCGAGAAGCCGUUGAUUAACCUCACCUUCAAGGAUCUGAUUGCUGCCACGUCGCAUUUCGGUAAAGAGUCCCUUCUUGCAGAGGGAAGGUGCGGGCCCGUUUACAGAGCUGUUCUUCCCGGAGAUAUCCACGUGGCGAUUAAGGUCCUUGAAUCCGCUAGAACCGUUGCUCGUGAUGAAGCUGUAGCCAUGUUCGAGGACCUUUCCGCACUGAAGCAUUCCAAUUUGUUACCGCUUUUUGGUUACUGCAUUGCAGGUAAAGAGAAAUUAGUAUUGUACGAAUUCAUGUCCAACGGUGAUCUCCACCGGUGGCUUCACGAGCUUCCGACCGGCGAACCCAACGUCGAGGAUUGGAGCACCGACACAUGGGAAAUCAACAACAAUACCGUUAAUGGGUCCCAUUUUUCGUUACCGGAGAAGUUAGGAUGGGCAACGCGCCACCGCAUUGCAGUGGGGAUAGCGCGUGGAUUGGCGUAUCUUCACCACGCCGGAUCGAAACCGAUUGUUCAUGGGCAUUUGGUGACGUCAAACAUUUUACUGGCGGAUGAUUUCGAGGCUCGAAUCGGGGGAUUUGGAUUACGACAUGUCGGGGGGAAGAACGGCGAAGAUGGGGUGGAGAAAGAUGUGUAUUGUUUUGGUGUGGUGUUGAUGGAGCUUUUAACGGGGAUGCCCGGCAGUGCCAACACGGUGGUGGGAGUGAGAAAAAUGGUUAGGGAUGGAAAAGCUUUAGAGGUGAUUGACCAGAGAUUGCGACUCGGCGGCGCUGAAUCGGAGAUGGUGGAGAGCCUCCGUGUGGCGUAUCUAUGUACGGCGGAGACGGCGGUGAAAAGACCGACAAUGCAACAAGUCCUAGGGCUGCUCAAGGACAUUCAUCCCACACACACCCAAACCGAACUCGUGUGAAGUGACUCAUUUACCCCUCUUGUCUCCUCGAAAUAUUACGGAUCGUGCCACUAGUGACCGAAAAGACGAUAAUGCCAUCGAGGAAAAGUACGUUUCGGAAUUGGCGAUGAUAUUCCUCACUUUUGUUUUUGGCAAAUGGCAUAAACUAAACCUCAAACUUUUCAUUGUAAAACUGAACACUCCCAUUUACAUUAGUUGAACACAUUGGAGUUCAAUCUUAAUAUUCAAACCAAAACUACUUAGCCCAUCUUGGGCAUCAAUCAAAUUUUGCCAUGUAAAAAUUUGUUGUUAUUUUUUGUUAUGAAAUCUUUUCUUUAAACUA